AUGUCUGCAAAAGUGAAAUAUGGUUCCGCGUUCUCGCCUGUCAUCCCUUCCAAAUCCACCCUAAACCAUCCAUUCUCUAUCAAAAACUUACUAAACAUCGAAGAUCAAAGUGAAGUCAAAGACCAAAACAGAGCCAUCACGGAUAUUUCUCAAACAAGUACCUUACCUACACAUCCCAUAAAAGAGGCUACACAAGCAAACAUGAAUUUAACUGAGUGCUUAUGGCCGGCUUGGGUUUAUGCCACAAGAUAUUCAAGACAUGGAAUUCCACCAGGUAAGUUUUAGCACCUUGGCUUCCUUAUUAUUAUUACUUUUGCCUACUGUGACAUUUCAGCUGACAAUGUAACUUGUUAGGAAAAUGACUUUGCCAUUGGAUUGCAUAAAUCUUAUCAUAAGUCUAGCUGUCGGACUCAGCAUGGAAAGGCAUAAAUCAAGCACUAUAAGUAAAUGGCACCUACUUGAAAGCCAUCAAAAUUUCUGAAUUUUUCACGUAAUACAGAGAAGUAUUUAGCACGGAAAUGGUAUAUUUUAUGAUUUAGAAUAGCAUCCGAUCGUUAAAGUCAAAUAUAAGCAUACCUCAUUGCCUGGGCUCAAUACUGAUAGGACCCGUGUAAUGCUUAGAUGGAAGUUGUGUUGCUGUACGUAGCCACCUCUACCUUUUGAGGAAACGCACCAAAACAACCAGAAGCACCGAAUGGAAACAAAUCACCCGCCGAGCAAUUGUUUGUAUAUUUUAGUGAUCUUCAGACUAAAUCUUCCUCACGAGACUGACUGGUUCUUUUGGAUUUUCUAUCUUUGGUUGUUGAUUUAGACAUUUAUAAUUCAAGUUGUAGAAGUGUACAAAGGUCAGAUGAAAGCAAGAGAAACUACACACUGUAAAAAAUUUCAAAGUGUUUACCCAGAUCAUAAUAACUAUAAAACAGGAUUAACUUGAAGGAUGAACUCCUAUGAAAGUAUUUCAGUUUUCCUCUCACCCGAAAUAAACAAAACGCUGACGUUUCGCUGCCAACAUACAGAUGAUUUUAACAGUCGCGGACUGACACCUUACUCUGCUCAAAAACCCUUCUGUGUCCCUCUUUUUGCUUUUGUUGGAAAUACAUCUGAUUUAUAAUCAUGAAAGCUCAAAAUAGGUAUUCAUAUACCAAAAAGACUAACAUGCACCAGUAUGUUUAUCAAAAAGCCGCAAAUCUUGACCCAGAAACCACUGUAUAAAUCUCGACCAUGAAAGACCAUGGAGGCGAUAACGCAAUUACCUCAAACAUGAUUAAUAGGAGUAAAUAUAAAUCACACUCGGAAAUAUUCAGAGAAGGUUAAACGUAUUUCCUGAUAUUGAUAUCAAGUGGAGGAAAGAUGGCCUGACUCUAGCAGGUCAGUUUUUUUUUUCUCAACUUGUACAGGUUUCUAUUAUUGUUCGGUAGCUGUACAGUGCAUGAGUUCGCGUGAUGCAAUGAUCCGGAAGAACUUGAGACAAUGAUAAUGUCUUACUCGAGACUCAGACUCACUAUGUCCAUACUCCUUGCUUACUCUUUUAAAUUGAUGGAUUCAUUUCCAAAAAACCAACUAAAAGCAAGACUGUUCGAGGGUUUCAUUUGAAAGAACUGAACUCCCUUACCAUAAAUAAGGUGUACGGAUGCUGUCCUUUUCAUAGACUCCCUUGGGAACUGUUCUAAAAAUAAGUGGGCAUUCAGUUAAGUAACCAAUAAUAUUUGGUUCAUUAAGUCGUAGUCUUAUUGAAGAAAAGACAUAACCAGAGUAUAAUACCAUCAACUGACGUGAUACAACUCACUUUGACUCUGAAGAUGACUACCGCACAGGUUGUCGAAACGUCAGUCACUGUCAACAAGAACAGUCCUAUUCAGGACUACUUUCACCCGGGACGAUCAAACUCAACCUACUUUUGAAAUGACUCCUGGGUUCAAACCUUUCACAAUAAAUUCACUGCCCGUAUGGAUAAACCUUGUUUUUAAGUGGAUGAGUUAAUUCAAGUUAUUUGCUCACAUUAAUACCCACUCCUGAGCCGCUCCUGAGCCGGACAGUGUCCGGCACUGUGUUGGGUAGCUAAUAUUUGCUGCACACCUUUUGGACAAGAAUGAGUCGCCCUUUCUUGAUACUAAAUACCGAACGUUCUACUGGUAAGCUCCGACAGAGUUAUGUUUCGUACAGAAGUCGACGAUUCAGUCUUCAAACCUACAAUGGACUUGUUCGAAUUGUUGAUAGAUGGUCAAAGAAUGUUGUUAUCGUUGAAAACCUGGGUCAAAAAACAUGAUAAAAACAUGCAAAAACAUCACUGAAAAUUUAAUCACAUAUAUAUCGAUUCAUUUUCUCCUUCUGGUAAACCAACUUAUUUCCUUCAGAUCCUAGACACUUAUGAACCCGUUACAUUCAGUUUGUUUUAAGAACACUGAAUAAUACUGAACGUCGCAACUUGGCGAGAGCAAACCGUACCAAACACCACCCCUUUUAUGUUUAUAUAAUUGAAGAAGUUCACUCAAUUACCACCCUUGGCUUGUUACAAAGAGUUAGUAUAGGUGGAAAUGUUUAACUACAGAGUUAGACGAGUUGUAUGAAUUAAAAAGUUAGUUACAAUUGAUACAAUUUCUAUUCUUUGAUUUCGUUGUUUUAUUGUUUCUUGUAGCUAACUACACGAACCCAAGACGCCCUCGAAAGCCCAUCAAAAGGCAGAAACAAAGGCCCCUUUUCUCACCAGAGCAACUCCAAAAACUAGAAGUAGAGUUUGGUAACGAAAAAUACAUCUCUAAGUCACGUCGCUGCAAGUUAGCUGCAGAAAUAGGCUUGACGGAAGCACAAGUGAGAACAUGGUUCCAAAACAGGCGCACAAGAUGGCGGAAAGAGGUACACGAGGAGGAAGAAGAUCCCAGCUGGAUCACGCACACUGGAAUAACAGCUGCAACAUAUGAUGCUGGAGCUAUGAACAACAACUGCAUGAUAGUGCGAGGAUAUUGUUCAGCAUAA